CAUAACCAACACCACUCUACAACCAUGCGUGUUGAAACUUGUCACUUCUGUUCCCGCCCGGCUUUCCCGAGUAAGGGAAUCACAUUCGUCCGCAACGAUGCCCGACAAUUUCGUUUCUGUCGGUCCAAGUGCCACAAGAACUUCAAGAUGAAGCGUCAGCCCCGCAAGCUUAAGUGGACCAAGACUCACCGUGCCUCCCGCGGAAAGGAGAUGAUCGUGGAUUCGUCGCUUGUCCUGUCCCAGUUCGCCAAGAAGAGAAACGUCCCCGUCAAGUACGACCGCAACCUCAUGGCUGCUACCAUCACUGCCAUGGAGAGAGUCGAGGAGAUCAGAGCCCGCCGCGAGCGUGUAUUCACGAAACGCCGCCUGGCCGGAAAAAUCUCCCGCGAGCGCCAGCGCGAGGCGGACCGCAAGGUCGUCAACGAGGGCGAGCACCUCAUCCGGAAGGAACUCCGGGAGCGCGAGGAGGGUCUCCCCAUGGUGGCCGAGCAGAGCAAGGUUUCCAACAGAGUUCACGGCGAGGAGAGAGUUCGCCAGAAGCAGAAGAGCAAGCUUUUGGUGGAUGGUGGAGUGGAGGAGCAGAUGGAUAUCGACUAAAUUUUAUCUUGGGCAUCUAUAUUUUCUUUUGUUUUGUGCUUUCUCAGAUACGACACGGUUCUUGCAACACGCAGAUUUUCGGAGUUGGGCAUGCUUUGGUGUUUUAAAAGCAAUCAAUGUUUUUCAUCAUAUCUCAUAUCCAGUGGGCUGUUAGCCUCUUACUGCUUGAGAGGCUAAUUAAAAUGUGUUUACAAUGACCCAAGAUGUUACAUAGGUUGCUAGUUUGCUAGUCA